UGAGGGAGGGAGAACGAGCACUACGUCAAACGUUAGCACCGUCUGUUUUUGAAAUAUAAAGCUACAUUUAUCAGUUAUUUGCCUUAUAAGGGAAUAUCUCAUCAGGUGUAUUCACUGGAAUUACCUGCAUUAUAAUAAGGUCAACAAGGAUGCCUACUGUGAAGUAUCAGAGUGGGGACAUGGUGAUGGGCCGCUGGCCUGGCAGCAGCCUGUACUAUGAAGUGAAGGUGCUUCGCUUUGAUGCCCAAAGCCAGCUCUACACCGUCAUUUACAAGGACGGCACUGAGCUGGAACUCAAGGAGCAAGACAUAAAGAGUGCAGCUGGCUUCCAGUCGCGUCCUCGCUCCCGCUCUCGUUCUCGCUCACCAGGCCGUCGACGCAGCCGCUCUCGUUCCCCAGCACGGACCACGCGGCGCUCGUCCUCGCGCACAGCGGCGGCCGUCGCUGCUGCAGCUAUCACAGAGAGUGCACCGCCGUCCCGCAGAGAUGCUAAGCUGAAGGAUUCACUCGAAGUCAGACUUAUUCCCCUGGAACAGACAAAAGCAUCUGAGAACAAUGGCAACGAAAAGCCUGAAAAGAAAGAGGAGAAUGAGCCUGCUAACAAAGUAAAUGAGAUGUCGGAGGCUGUAGUGGAGGCCAAGCCAGAGAAGAACCAAGGCCGUUACAAUCUGCGGCGCAGGAAGGACGAUGGAGACGGCAAAGCUGAGGCCAAAGCAGAGCAGCCGGAAGAACAAGAGGCCAAGAUGGCUGCAGCUGCUGCUCCUCCCUCCGUGCCCCUGGACUUUGGAGGGAAGCUAGGUGCUUAUUUCUGGCUGCUCUUCCUGCCAGCCUGGGUUCUCUUCCUGGUACUUCAAGUCAACCAGGAAGACCCCAGCCUCGCCAACUUCCCUCCUCCUAUGCCCCCUCUCGAAAGCUUUUGGGAUGCUAAGGCUCUUGGCUUUGUCAUUCUCUGGAUCUUAUUCCAGGUCCUGCUCUACAUCCUACCUGUUGGAAAGCUGAGCGAGGGCAUGCCGCUGCGCUCUGGAGAGAGGCUGAAAUACAGAACUAAUGGUUUCUUUGCGAUGGUGCUGAGUGGUGUGGCAGUGGCAGCAGCGGCUCAGCAAGGUGCUGACCUCACAUACAUCCACAGCCACUUCCUGCAGCUGGCUGUGGCCUCCUUCCUCAUCUCCAUCCUGCUCAGCAGCUACCUGUACGUCCGCUCUCAGCGCACUGCUGCAGAGCAGCUCGCACUGGGUGGCAGCUCCGGAAAUGUGGUGUAUGACUUUUUCAAAGGACGUGAGCUCAAUCCCCGAAUCAAAGACUUUGAUCUCAAAUUCUUCUGCGAGAUGCGCCCUGGUCUGAUUGGCUGGUGUCUGAUCAACUUUGCGUUGGCGCUGGCGGAGAUGAAGCAGCAGGGUCUGGAUGCUCCCUCUCACGCCAUGAUCCUGGUGAACCUCUUCCAGUUGCUCUACGUGGCUGACGGCCUCUGGAACGAGGAGGCCAUCCUGACCACCAUGGACCUGAUGCACGAUGGUUUUGGCUUCAUGUUAGCGUUUGGGGACCUGGUGUGGGUGCCCUUCACUUACACCCUGCAGGCCUACUACCUGGUGAGCCGGCCCACCCCGCUGAGCCCCCCUGCCCUCGCUGCCAUUGUCACACUCAAACUUGUUGGCUUCUACAUCUUCAGAAAGUCCAACUCUGAGAAGAACGCCUUCAGGAGAAACCCAUCAGACCCCGAACUGUCCCAUCUGAAGACCAUCCCUACAGCUACAGGGAGGAGUCUGCUGGUGUCUGGAUGGUGGGGGGUGGUGCGCCACCCUAACUACCUGGGGGACCUGUUGAUGGCUCUGGCCUGGUCCCUGCCCUGUGGCUUCAGCCACCUCCUUCCGUGGUACUACAUGAUCUACUUCAUCAUCCUGCUGGUGCACCGAGACUCCCGCGACAUGAGCGAGUGCAGGAGGAAAUAUGGCUCUGCGUGGGACGAGUACUGCCGAACGGUUCGCUACCGGAUAAUUCCCUGUGUCUACUGAGGGCGCCGCCGCCACACACUCCUCUGCUGAGGCCUCCCCACCCGUCUAAUGCUCAUUAAUAAUGGAUGGUUCCACUGUUUUGACUUUUAUAAUCUCUUACUGGUUUUAACUAUGAAUAUUUUACAUUGUGUUUCUGGACUGAAGAAGCUACAGUAUUAUUAAUGUUUGUAAGGAAGAAAAACAUGCCACAUUGGUGUUGUGGACUAUUUGAAGAACUGCCUUUUCAACAGAAAAUACUUAAAAAUAUAGAUUUUAAAGGUUUGAAAAUCUGGGGGAAUAUAAAACCACCUCUACUAGGAAUGUGUUGUUGGGAUGUAUAUUUUUGUAGAUACACAUUUGUUUUUAUACUUCAAGAAUAUUGGAAAGAUUUCCAAAAUAUGCUCCCAUAUUCAAUAGAAAAAACAAUAUCAGCUUAGCUUCUAUGAAUAAGUGUGUAGUACACCUGCUUGUUUAUAUUGUGAAGGAUGUUUUAAAUAAGCUGCACAGUGGAACAUGUUCUUUCUCAGGACCUAGAACUUUGCGACAAAGCUCGAUCAGAAAAGAUUUGUCUUGAUAAUUGUGUGUAUCUUUUUAUAUAGAUAUAUAGUUUUGACUUGAGAGUGUAAAAUGAUUUUGGAGGGUUCAGGAAAUAUGCACUAAUGUGUUUGUAGCAUGAUCAAUCCCAAAGUGUGUUAGAUUUGGCCUUGCUACCUCAGGUUCACUCACUUGGUCCUCUGUAGUGUGUGUGUGUAAUUAUGGGCGUCACGGAUUUACAAACAAAAAUGACUAUGACGUGUUAUCAUAUUUACUAUAAUGUAAGUAUCUGUCAGUUCCAAACUACUUUUAUUUCAUGCAUGUUUGUGCCGCCUAUGAAACCCUUUGUAUUUUGUCCUGCUACAUUUUGAACUGGUUGUUAAUUUCCCACCACUGCCACACACAUUUGCUUUACUAGUCUAGCAGAUGUAAGGAUGUUCAUACUGUGAUCACAUGUUUCUGUUAUUGCAUUUACAAAACCAAAAAAGUAUGUUCUGCCUGUGCAGCUGUAGAGUCCAGUAGCAAUACCUGAACUAGACUAGCAAGCAUAUCUUAUGCUGUGCUGACUGACUGCGAUGUAAAUACCAUUCUUUUUAGUCUUUAACUUUUCUUUCAUUGAAAGUAGUGAUGAUAAAAAUGUUCCCAUUGGAUAUUUAAUAUUGUUGUUUGUUUGAAGUUAACUUUGUAAUUCUGACCACUGUAGUAAUGUUUACACAUAGAUCUGCCAUAUUUCUGGACAAUACGUACGUAUUAAAAGUACAUGUGGAAUGGUCUGUAACAGUGUUUGUCAGAUCAGAGAAUACAUGUUGGACAAAGAGAAGGGAGGUCACAUGUUGUGACAUAUAGCCUGAGUGGAAGCAGUUGAUCUACUCUGUAUACAGGACAGCAGGCUGUUAGUGAGCAUCCUCAUAUGAGACGGACUGGAAAAAGCUUUUCUAUACAAAUGUUGCAGCAUCAAAUAAAGAUUGUGAGUACCUC